AUGAAAGGUUGGGUGCUCGUGGGGCGUGCCACCCGGCCUCGAAUGAGAGGGGGCUUAGCUCUUAGCUCUGGAUCCUCCCUACUCGCAGAAACGAAUGGAUCAGAAGGGGGUUUGGUUCAAUUUCCGGGCCGGGCGGAAGUGAAGGCCAUAAGAGAAGAUUGUCCUCAAGUGUGUGUGAAAGAGAAUAUAGAGAGGAUGAUGACAGGGAAUGGACAGGCAACUGUUCCGCCAGGGUUUCGAUUUCAUCCCACAGAAGAAGAGCUGCUUUAUUAUUAUCUCAGAAAAAAGGUCUCCUAUGAACCCAUCGACUUAGAUGUUAUUAAGGAAGUCGAUCUCAACAAGCUCGAGCCUUGGGAUCUCAAAGACAAAUGUAGAAUUGGAUCGUGUCCCCAAAAUGAAUGGUAUUUUUUCAGUCACAAGGACAAGAAAUAUCCAACAGGAACUCGAACAAAUCGUGCAACAGCUGCUGGGUUUUGGAAGGCUACAGGGAGGGACAAAGGCAUCCAUCGCACCAACUCAAAGAGAAUCGGGAUGAGGAAAACUCUUGUUUUUUACACUGGACGUGCCCCUCGCGGCCAUAAAACUGACUGGAUCAUGCACGAAUAUCGUUUGGACGAUGACAUUGCUGAAAUCCAGGAAGAUGGGUGGGUAGUCUGUAGGGUUUUCAAGAAGAACCACACCAGAGGCUUCCAACCCGAACUGGACCAAGAAAAACCCGUACCAUGCCAGCAGGCGAGUGGCUCACUUUUGGAACCAAAACUCAAUUAUCAAGAACAUUACGAUUAUACAUUCGAUCACACUAAUUCCAUGCACCUUCCACAGUUAUUGAGUACAGAAUCAUCAACUGUUCCUUCUUCAUUCCGUUUCCUAUCAUCUCUCCCACUGAGCACCACCACAGAUAUGAUGUGUGCACAGAAUCUGUUGAGGUCAACGCCUGGAAAUCCCGACGGGCCUAUGCAACAAGAGAAAUUCACGGGUGAAUGGUCAUUUCUGGAUAAGCUUUUGGCUGCUCAUCAGGGAAUGGAUCCUAGCAAAUGCCAUCAAUUUUCACAAGUUUCUGAAUUGGUUCCUUCUGCUCAGAGAUCUUCAUUCCCCUAUCUUGGGUUUGAACAUGAUUUUUCGAAAUUUUCUAAGUAA